AUGAAGAAGGCUAUGGAAUUCAAGAACAAGAAGAUAACAAUCACCAUUGUAUUAAUUGAGAGCGAUAAUGAAAGCUACAAUAGACCAGUAAGUGACGAUGAAACCGAUGAAUUAGGGACAAUAGAUGAUGGUGACCAUGAAUUUGACAAUAUCCUGAACGUUAAUGAACCAAAUGAUCUUGGAAUUGAAGACAAUUUUCAGGCAGAAAAUGUAGAUGAUGGCCCUCUGUUGGAAAAUAUAGAUGAUCAAAUGGUGAACAUUCAACAAAAUGAAAGUGGAAACCAACAGGACAAUGAUUGGAAUGAAGAAGAUUUUAUUAUUGAAGAGGAAUUAGAUCCUGAUAUGAUACGGAUGAUGGAAACUGACCAUAGAAUAAGAAUGUUGGAAAUAGAAAAUUUACCAUUUGUUCAGGUUCCGUCUGUUCUUCCUCCAAUUACCAACUCUGAUCGAAUGUGUGUAGUUUGCUCUAUUUCAGAGAAAACGCAUGCGUUCAUACCAUGUGGACACAUAGCUGUGUGUGGUGAUUGCCUAAUAUUAUUAGACCCGCAACGCUGUCCAUUAUGUAACCAGCAAUUUACAGCAUUUUUAAGAAUUUGGUCAUAA